GGCAGGCGCAAAGGGAUGCUUUGUUCCGGAAUAAAGCAGGAUGCGUGCAGGGCCGAUCCAGAGAGGGGGAAAGACUCAUACUCUCUCCGCACUUCUCUGAGGAAGCAGGAUCCAGGAGCUGCUGCUCUCCUCCUGGGUGAGGUUGGACACCCCUCAGCAAGUAUUGCUGGAUAAACCAAAUGAAUUCGGGCAUAAGGAAAAGUGAACACAAAAAAGAAAAACCCGAGUGAGUCCAGAGGGACAGAGCUCCAGAACUGGAUGUGUCCUCCCAACAUGGCCUCCACCGCCUCCCCUCUGCCACCAACCACCGAGGUCGCCAGUUCUGAGAACAGCAGCUCUUUCUAUGACUAUGAGUACUACCUGGACCAGGUGGCCUUCAUGCUCUGCAGGAAGGACGAGGUGCUGGCCUUUGGCAGGAUCUUCCUGCCAAUCUUCUACAGCCUGAUCUUUGUGCUGGGUUUGGGCGGGAACCUCCUUCUUCUAGUGGUCUUGCUUUGGUAUAUACCUCGCAGGCGGAUGACUGAGGUCUAUCUGCUGAACCUGGCCAUCUCCAACCUCCUAUUUGUGGUGACACUGCCUUUCUGGGGCAUUUCUGUGGCCUGGCAUUGGGUCUUUGGGAGUUUCUUGUGCAAGAUGAUGAGCACCCUCUAUACCAUCAACUUCUACAGUGGCAUCUUCUUCAUUAGCUGCAUGAGCUUGGACAAGUACCUGGAGAUCGUCCACGCUCAGCCCCACCACAGGCUGAGAACCCGGGAGAAAAGCCUGCUCCUGGCUGCCAUGGUAUGGGCUGUGGCCCUGGCUGUCUCCAUCCCUGACAUGGUCUUUGUGCAGACACAUGAAAACCCCACGGGUGUGUGGAACUGCUAUGCAGAUUUUGGGGGUCAUGCGACCAUCUGGAAGCUCUUCCUCCGUUUCCAGCAGAACCUCCUGGGGUUUCUCCUUCCACUCCUUGUCAUGGUCUUUUUCUACUCCCGCAUUGGCUGCGUGUUGGUCAGGCUGAGGCCCCCAGGUCGGGGCCGGGCUCUAAGGAUAGUUGUAGCCCUGGUGGUAGCCUUCUUUGUGCUGUGGUUCCCGUACAACCUCACCUUGUUUCUGCACUCACUGCUGGACCUGCGAGUCUUUGGGGAAUGCAAGGUUAUCAAGCAGCUGGACUAUGCACUGCAGGUGACAGAGAGCAUCGCCUUUCUUCACUGCUGCUUCACCCCCAUUCUCUAUGCUUUCUCCAGCCGCCACUUCCGCCAGUACCUGAAGGCUUUCCUCGUCACUGUGCUCAGGCGGCCCCAGGCACCUGGCCCUGCACCGGCCCCUCUGUCCAGCAGCUCUGAGAGUAGCAGGCUCACUGCCCAAGAAGAAAUGACCGGCAUGCAUGACCUCAGGGAGAGGCAGGCUGAGAGUUCCCCCAACAAGAGUGAUAUGGGGGAAAAUCAAGCCUGAGUGGCCAUACCACGUCCGGUGAGAGUGGAUGGGACCUAGCUCAGUUGGGCAUCCACCCAAAAUCCUCUCUCCAAAGGCCCCAAGGGACCAUGUUGCCACACCCUGUGGUUGGUUCUCAGUGCUCCACCAUCAGCAGCAUCUGCCUACUCUUGCCUCCUUCUUCCACUUUCUUUACUGCCUUCCAGGAAACCAUACUCUCUUGCAUGAAUUGCUAGAGUAGUUUCCCAACUGACCUCUGUGCUUCUUGUCGUCAUGCUCUCCUGUCAUCUAAUCCAUACCCACCAGCCAGAACGAUCACCUCACCCUCAGCCAUCACUUCCAUCUUCCUCAGAGUAGCCCAAGGCUUGCCACCCACCAGUCGGCUCCCUUCCCCGGAGCUCAGCUGGGGAAAUAUUGCUGCAAUAUUGUUUAAUGUCACAGCAUUGAUGGUGGCUCCAAGAGGCUGGCGAGCAGGAGGGGCUGGAAGUGCCCCACGUGGGGAACUUCCCCAGAACGUGAGAGUUGGCAGGUGCGAGGCAGAGUGAACACAUGUUCCCAACAGUCCAGGAGGCUCAUCCUCCCUCUGCUUCCCAUGCCCCCUCCCUGGAGCCUUCGGGGGUCCCUGGGGCCUGCACAAUCAAGUCCAAAGUCUGUCCAGCUUCGAGGCUGGAGCUUUCACAAGGAGAAUCCCAUACAACAGCUUACCCUUAUACGCCUUCAUUACUUUUCAUUUCCUGGACACCAGGCACCCCUUGUUUCUUGCGCGUUCCCACCUCCGUGUUUUUGUGCUUGCCCACUCUCUUGUGUAACAGGGGUCACUUUUCAGCCAGAUGAUCGUUCAUCCUUGUUCUGUCAUGGAAUUCUGCUCGCUCUGGGAAACCACUCCCAUUGUUUACUCUGCCCUGUGCUUUGGGUGGAGUUCAGGUAGAGCACAGGACUUCGGCCAGUUACAGCCUUACUUUUUCCUGGCAUGGUGAUUCAUUUAGGAUGGGCACAGGACCCAGGUAGAGCUUGUGAAAUGUGGCAACUAGAACAUGCUAGAACAGAGGCAUGAGACUGAAGCCAAGAGGAUGUGCAGCGUGGGGGUGCUCCUUCAUCAACUCGAACUUCAGAGGGUGAGGUGAUAGCACUGUGAGUGAGCAGCCCCCGAGGGCAGUGUGGAAGUCCCCGAAUCUAGGCGGAAGCUCAUCCCAGUCGUGGACUUGACGGUUACAUGAACCGAUAUAUUCCUUCACAUGGUGAUGUUCUGUUACUUGCAAUCCAAGGAUUCCUGGCUGAUAUACCCUGCCUGGGUGCUUCCCUCAUCAUGUCUCCAAUAGUUAGCAUCCUCCCUGGCCACUGAAACUUUUCCCCAGGGAGCUCCUGGCACACAGUGACAUCUCUCUUUCCUGAGCUUCUAAAGCACUCACUGCUUUUCCGCACCUACCAAAACCACCUGGUAUAACCUGCCCACAUCCUGCUGUGCUGGUCCUGAAAAACCCAGCACAGAGCCUGGCAGAAGGUAAUGCACGGAAGGAAACUUAUAGGUGGAUAGACUGGAGGACAAGAGAACACAGGGCUGGGUAUAUGCAAGCUCCAGGAGAGCAGGGACUUGCCAUGUAUUAAAUCGAUAUCCCCUGUGCUUAAGUCAGUGCUUAGAAUAUAGCGGAGGCUCAUUAAGCAUUUUUUUUUUUUUAAUGAAUGACUGGAUCAAUAGAGAAUGGAGCAGGUGGUCAAUAUCCUGCCAUUCUUUCUUUGCUUCCCCUGAACUUCGGAUGCUCUAGUCACAGCCCGUGUGUCACGAGAAGGGCUGUCCCUGGAUGUUGCCAGAGUUGACUGUGCUGAUUUUUCAUUCUUUGUUUCCCUCGACUCCAUCUCGCUCAGCUCUUGUGCCUUUAAUUCUCUCUCCUAAGGCCCCAGACUCCCACUGUCACGAAGGACUCUGAGCUCCCAUGGUGCCCUAGGAAAUGAAGCUUUGGCUCUGAAGGUGGUGAUUUGCUUGAGGAUGUGGAGGAUGGGUUCUAUUUUAGAGCUCCUGAAAUCUGCCCAACGAGCAGCCUGACUGUACCAACAGGGUCUAGGGACCCAGAGUCUCUGACUUUGUAUCCAUGAUGCACAGAUGGGAUGGGACAAGCUAUGCCAGCUGAGGGACACCUGGCAGGGUUUGUCCCCAGCACUGGUGCAUUUAUAUGUGUGUGUGUGUGUGUGUGUGUGUGUGUGUGUGUUGCCGUGUGGGCUGUGCAUAGUACAUAUGGCUGUGUAUGUGGGUCCAACGUGAAUAUGUCACUGUGUCCACAUGGGUCUGGGUCUGUGCCCACAGGUUUUCUGUGUGUUCCUAUGUGUCUUUCUUUAGCUGUGUAAGUGUGGGUAUGUGCUCUCUGCAAACAGCAGGUGUAUAAGAAGGGCCCUGAGGCCUGUGCCCAAGGGGGAGGAGAAGGGCUGGCCACAGGUGACCCACUGAUCCCUUUCGCUGUCCUCAUUGCCACUGACUGCAUUGCUGACCAUAUCGAGGCCUCUGACUACAGCACAGAAGGCACCGGUCAGGGAGGGAGUUGGAGGUGGGCUCUCACAGCCCAGGCCAGGACAGAGCCCCCUCCAUCCUGACCUUAUUUCCCUGGAUGUUGGUCCCUCCUGCUGCUCUCCAUCUGCCCAAAGGCCUGGCUCCCUGGCUGCACUGCUCAGACCUUUCCAGGAAAGCUCCCAGGAUUCUCUUGGUCCUCAGAUUCUGAGGCAAGAUGGACUUUCCCCUGGCUGACCCAGGGAGAAGGACAGGCAUGGCUCUACUCUGUGAAGGUUUGAGGGUUUACAGCUGUUACUACCUAUGGAAAAAAGGGAAAACAACAAACUGAAACAAAACAAAAACUUCUUUUCUUUCCCAGGUGCCCGCAAUUUCACCAUUGGCAUGUCAUCCCUGAUCUUGCUUUGCUAUAACUACCGUCAGAGAAUACACAUAGUGGGCUUUUCUUUGAGGGAAAGGAAAUCUGGGGCAGCAGUGAGGACUGGGGGUCGGGACUGUUGUGUCAGAACAGGUAGUGACAAGGUGUAUCCUCGGGGGUCUCAGUCUUCCUACUGCCUCAAGGCCCCUGGUAGGGAAGGAAGGGUAGCCCUUGUAGAGAGUGUGUCCAUGCGAAGCGCGUAGGACUACAGGUGCCAUGGACCCCUCCCUUACCCACAGGUCGGCCUUGGCUUCUGUGUGCACACUCUACUCCUGGGCGCUCACCCCUUCCUGGGAGGCCUGUUGUUAUGGUGGAUAUCGACGACUGUGGGAUGGUAUACUUGUAUUCACCUCAACCUGACCCACUGAGGGUUCCCUUGGUCCCAGGCAUACCCUCAAACGUGAAGUUCCUGGGAAAUCUACAUGGAGUCGCUCUCAGUUGAGACCUCUUGUUCUUGACUCAAUGGACUUGGGCCCUCAGGUCAGGCCCCUGGUCCAGAUUUCUCUGGGUAUGGGGAAAAGGAGGGGAUAUAGCACCUAGGUCUGGGCAGGGCCCAGGAGUGUGUGAAGGCCCUGCAUCUUUGCCCCGAUCCCAAUACCUGCUCCAGCACAAGGCCUGGCUGUGUGGAGAGCCGGGAGAGGCUCGUUGAUAAGCUUCCCAUGGUGGCUCCCAGCCUCUCAGUGCCCUUCGCCCUCUCCUGUGCUCCCUAUGUGACUCUUCUUGUGCUCCUGGCCCCUUGCGGAGCAGGAUGGGAUAAACUGGCUUCUCCAAGCCAGUCAGAGCUCUGUCAGGCUCCAGACAGACAUCAUCAUUUGGGGGCACCUAGACCCAGAGAAAGGCAGACUCUGGCCUAGAGUCACAUAGCUGGUGGGCACAGACUCUUGCCUCCAGCCCCAGCCCCUACCUGAGAUACUCCAACAGCCUAUUAUCCUGGCAAAACUCUGGACAGAACAGCCAGCCUCAAAAACAAAUAGAAGAGGCCAGUCAUAGAUGUGGGAUAGAGGAGUAAGAGAGAAGCCCCACUGGGCAUCCUUGCAGGGGUCUAUGCUGCCUGGCCCCCCUUCUCCAGGGCCCUCUGCCAGCUCCCACGGCCUCUGCCCCUCCUGUUCCGGGCAGCUGGGCUCUGGCAGCAACACACUCUCCCCUCUCCCAGCCCUGGUAAGCGUGCUUGGCAAUGGGAUUGUCUCCCUUUCGCAUGCCAGAAAGCUGAGUGAGGCCAGGGUGGGGAAGGAAAUGAUUUGAGGACAUGAAGUAAAAUGGCUGAGAUGGAGUCAAUUUUCUAUCAUUUAAUCUCCAUUUAGGGAAUUGGGGGUCAGAGAUGGAGCAAUAAGAUACCAAGCCCUAUGAGCUCCAGUCAGAGGGAGGGGCCGGGAGGACGAGAGCAGGACACAGAAAGCGAUGACACAUAACAGAUGUGCUGUGAGGCAAACAGGGCUAGGGGAGCCUCAGGGAUGGCGUCCGUUUUGGGGCAGGGGAUCGAAGGGGGGAGAUCCAGGAAGGUUUCCAGGAGUAGCCAGCACCAGGGGUGGCCGUUAGAGCAAGCCACUCUACUUUACAGACCAUUCCGUUAGACAAAGUUGGCAAUGUUGAAUUGCACUGGACUGAAAAUUUGGGGACCGACUGUGGCAAAAUUUAAAUGUUAGGUGUGUGGAGGGAUGGGGAGCCAGAAAAAUGAGAGAAU